GCAAUAAUGUCCUAUAAUAUUGAUUUAUUUAUGUGAUAGGUAUAUAUUUCGGUAUGGUCUGUAGUUCCGAAAAUCAAUCAAUCGAUCAAUUCUACGGUAGGUGUUAUCUUUCAAAAUGAAUUACAAUCAGUAUCAUUGAGUCAUCAGGCUUGUAAGAUAUGGAGUGAAAUUUACCCAAUAAACGAUUGAUAUUUAUCAUCUCGUAUCAAAUUUGCGCGAUAAGGUAUUAUUUAGGAAUACUUUAAUCGGUUACCUUAGUCGGUAGUAAGUAUCGCAGUGUUGUGCUUGUAUGAAUGCAUAUGCCUUGGCGUAAUAGCUCUUAUGUGUGUUUUCUAAAGUGCUGCAAUAUUGCCGUCGACGAUUCUGAGGACUGUUUCAUGCAAUGGCUAGUAGAAAUUACACCAUAAACGAGCCAAAUGUGGCAAAUGGCAAGCCAUUGCCAAGUGACAGUUCUUCUGAAUCCUCGGCGGAGGCGCGCGCGUCAUGGGGCAGCCCGCUAGAGUUCAUACUAGCGUGCCUCGGCUACGCCGUCGGGCUGGGCAACGUCUGGAGAUUCCCUUAUCUGUGCUAUAGAAAUGGAGGAGGUGCCUUCCUCAUUCCUUUCUUCCUUAUGCUCGUCUUCAUCGGUCUACCAAUCUUCUUCUUGGAGCUUUACAUUGGACAAUACUCAGGCAUCGGACCACUUCAAGCAUUCACGGCUAUUUCACCUUUUUUUAGUGGCCUGGGCUACUGCACUUUAGUAGUCAUUACUAUUAUAUCAAUCUACUAUAUGAUCAUCGUGGCAUGGACAUUGUUUUAUACCAUUGUAUCUUUCGCUGGAAAAUUGGAUUGGGGAUCGUGUGAAAAUGAAUACAAUUCCUUAGCCUGCUACAGUGGAUCAUACGAUACGGAGUGCAAAAUUCGAGGCAACAACUCGGGUCUAGCGACCGAUCUUACGUACUUUGAACGUGAUUGUAUUUCCAUUGGUGACAUAUGCGAGCGAACUGGAUACCAGCCCUAUGAUGGUUUCUCGUGCCUAAACGGAACAGAGGCCAUACCUUGGUAUUCGAAUAUCACAAGGGUUUUGGCUUCAGAAGAGUAUUACAACGAACGCGUACUAGGCAUUGGCGACGCGACUUGGGAAAAUUGGGGCACGAUACAAUGGCAUCUUGUUGGGUGUCUCGCGUUGUCCUGGUUUGUGGCCUUCCUUGUCGUCAUCAAAGGCGUACAAUCAGCGGGAAAAGUUGUGUAUUUCACAGCUCUGUUCCCGUAUGUGAUGUUAACAGCACUUCUAGUCAGAGGUGUCACCUUGGAGGGGGCAACAGACGGCAUGUUGUUUUUCAUAACGCCAACAUGGGAAACACUUUUGGACGCCAGAGUUUGGGGGGAUGCAGCGUCGCAGAUCUUCUACUCAUUUGGCGUCGGCUGCGGCUCUCUAGUUACGCUGGCUUCUUAUAACCACUUCCACAACAACUGCCACUUUGACGCCGUGUUCGUCAGCUUGGCCAAUUUCCUUACGUCCAUUUACGCUAGUUUCGCCGUCUUCUCUGUUCUCGGCUUCCAAGCGCAGCUCAUGGGGGUUACCGUGGAUGACGUUGCAUCAGAUGGCCCUGGUCUGGCGUUCAUUGCAUACCCAGAAGCCUUGCUUCAGAUGCCAGUGGCUCAGCUCUGGUCCAUUCUGUUUUUCCUGAUGCUGUUUAUCCUGGGCCUCGGAAGCCAGUUCGCCGGCAUUGAGGCCAUCAACACAGCGAUCGUUGAUCAGUGGCCGUCUUUGAGGAAGAACUAUUGGAUGGUUACCGCAUUUACUUGUUUCUCAUGCUUCAUCAUGGGGAUACCAAUGUGCUUCAGUGGAGGAGUAUACCUGCUUACUCUGCUAGAUUGGAAUACAGCAUCAUGGGCCAUCUUACUUAUAGGAAUGGCAGAGUGCAUGUCUGUGGCGUGGAGUUACGGCAUCAACCGAGCGAUGGCCAAUCUAGCGACGAUGAAUAUGAAGAUGAACAAAAUCCAACGGUUCUUCUGGAAAGCAGUCUGGACUGUCAUUUGUCCGGUCGGCAGCUUCGCCAUUUUAGUUUUCAUCCUAGCGGACUGGACCCCGCCUGCGUAUGGGAACUACGAAUUUCCAUUUUUCGCUGACUUCCUCGGCUGGGUAGUGGGAUUAUCCACGCUUAUGUUCUUCCCGGUUGGAGUAGGCUGGGCUCUCUAUAAAGGCUAUCGUGGAAUGGAGUUAUUCACCCCCACCCCUACUUGGAAGCCAGCUGUCAAAACCGAAGCCCCCGCCUCAGGCUCGACGGACACCCUCGACGAGAAUGGCGCUGACAAUGCAGCCUUCAGAACAUAGGCUUCUGGAUUUGACAUUAUUAGUCAAUGUUACCAUAUCGACGUACUCGGCUUGUAUUUUACGUCUAUAACUAUAAUAGUUGCUAAUUAGCUAAGUUAAAGAUCUGACAAGCUAUUCAAUUGGUCGAUAUAUUAUGUACAUAUAAUUAGUGUAUGUGGUUUGUCCAAAUUGGACAGGACUUGUUAGUUAUUAUCAUUUAAUUUCUAAGGUAUAAAUGUAUAAAGUUGCUUUUGGAUGCGGACACAUUUAAUGAAAUUUUUAUAAUUUUAUUUCUAUUUAAAAUGUAUAUUUCUGAGUUAAGUAAUUUUUAUAUUAUUUAUUUAAUUAAAUGUUGUCUUAUAAGCAAUUAUUUACUAUAUUAAAAGCCUAUUAUUCAUUCCUCAUAUUAUUACAGCUAAAAAGCUACUAUGCUUUCACAUAAAAUGUACAAUUGAGAAAAACAUAAACAGUAAUAAGGCAUAAAAAUGUAUCUAGGUGCAUUCUGCCCCUACACGUACUACCACGCGCGUUAAAUUCCAAGUUCAACUAAUUUUCCAGUGUCACUUGGUGGAGGGGUAGCAAAAUACUAAUAAAUAUAUAUCUGUCUAUAGACUUUAAAGCUAGAAAGUUGGAAGUAAACAAGACAUGACGCGUAAAGCUUGCUCGCCAAUGCAAAAUAAUCAUCACUAUAGAAUAAACUAUAUCAUACCCCUAAAUCGAGUACCUAAUCAUCUGAAACCUUGAUAAUGUUUAUGUAGAUAUAUCUAAACAAGGUCCCAAAUUGAUUCGAUGCUUUCAUAAAUAACAAAAGCCCAUCCUACAUGAGAAAAUGUAUCAAAUAAAAAAGAAUUGACAUAUUAUCCCUAACACUGGCGACUGAUUUGCGACUCGGGGUUUUGGUAUGUACGCCACAUAUAUGCUCUUGUGGCACGAACGUGGACUGACUGGGACACCAUGGAUUAUCUUGUCAAAAAAGUGUAGGUCGUUUUUCAAGACAUGCGUAGCUUAAUGAAAUAAUCCGUCGAACUCUUGCCACCAUCAAUGUGCCUGCUCUUCUUGAGCUGACUGGCAUUAUCAGGCAAGAUGGAGGACGGAUGUUAGUAUGGGAUGCUACCUGCGUAGACACACUGGCACCAUCCCACCUCCAACGGACUAAUGUAAAAGCGGGCACAGCGGCGGAAAGCGCCGAAAUUUUGAAACGUAAUAAAUAUAAGAGCCUCGGAAUAGAGAGUACCAUUUUGUACUAUUUAGCGUUGAAACUCUAGGUCCAUGGGGUCCCAGCGUGUACAAGUUUUUUGGAGAAAUCGCGAAACGUCUGGUUGACGUAACUGGCGACCGAAGAGCUGGCGGCUUCCUCGCACAGCAUCCUUGGUACAAUGCCUCAAGGGCCUAUUUUAGAUAUAAGCUAGUUAUAUAUAUCCAUUUUGUAUAUUGUUAUUGUAAAUAAAGAGGUUUACUAUUA